GGUCGGUGAAGUGGAGGCCAUCCCGGAUCGCAUCGAGCAGGGAUGGGACAACGCCGUCGACGAUGUGGAAGAUAUUCCCGAGGAUGUGGCCGGAUGGGCCGGACGCAAGGUGGGCGAGGUGGAGCGUUUCGAUGAUAACAUGGACAAUGCAUAUGACGAGGGAAAGUAUGAGGGUCGCGAGGACUGGUAAUCUGGGGUUGACAUUGUCAUGUUGGAUAAGAACAGUGGGGGUUGGUAACCCGGAUAGUAAGAUUGUUUCAAAGAUCGAUAUCACAGUAGAGUAGACCUCAGUGGAAGAGAGAUGAGGCUGUUGUUCCCCGCACGUGGCCCGGACCUCGGCUGCGGAGAAGCGAUGCCGCUGUUGACCCCGACCUUGCUCUUCAACCACUCAACCAUCGCGCUGCGGGCAGUGCAACGUGCUAUCAACACUGCUAGAUUGUAUCACCCUAUCACUUCAUACCUGGAAAUUCGUAUCUUCUGAGUGCCCCAACUGCUCCACCAUGGCGCCCCCUCUCAACGGAAUCCGUGUCGUCGAAUUAGCAGGCCUAGCCCCCGGUCCGUUUACUGGAUUAUUACUUGCAGAUUAUGGAGCCUCCGUGCUGCGGAUCGAUCGCCCUAAAGCCGCGAGUGCAGACCAGUUGACUCGCCAUAAGUCGUCCGCCACGGUUGACCUCCGAGACCCCGCCUCCCAUCGCGUACUCCUUUCCGUGCUCAAGGACGCCGAUAUCCUGAUCGAUCCUUACCGUCCUGGCGUUCUGGAGCGUUUGGGUUUAUCGCCAUCGGAGGUGCUCCUGAAACAUAACCCGCGCCUGAUCGUAGCUCGGUUGACGGGCUUUCGUCGUGACGGGAAAUACAAGGAUAUGGCUGGCCACGACAUUAACUACAUUGCCGUAGCUGGGGUAUUAUCCAUGCUGGGCCGAUCUGGCGAACGCCCUUACCCCCCGGGAAAUCUUCUCGGCGACUUUGCUGGCGGCGGCACCAUGUGCUUCUUGGGGAUCCUGCUAGCGCUGAUCUCGCGCAUGCAGACGGGACGCGGCCAGAUCGUCGAGGCAAACAUGGUCGACGGCUCUGCCUACCUAGCUGCAAUGCCGCGAUUGGGCAGACAGACGCCCUUCUGGAGCGCACCCCGCGGUCAGAAUAUGCUGGACGGAGGGAGUCCAUUUUACGACACAUACGAAACCAAGGACAAGGAGAAGUACUUCGCAGUGGGCGCGUUGGAGCCGCAGUUUUACGCUGCUCUGCUGAAGGGUCUAGGAUUCAACCCCGAAGAGCUGCCACCACGAGAUGACAAGGACAACUGGCCCGCCCUUCGAGCGGCCUUUGCCAAGCGGUUUAAAGAAAAGACCAGAGCUGAGUGGGAGGCCGUAUUCGAUGACACAGACGCCUGCGCCACACCUGUCCUAGAACAAGAUGAGCUUGAGGAAAGUGGCUACGAGCAACGGCCCGCUGUCCAUUUAGUGGAUACCCCGGGUCUGUCGAUUCCAACUGACGACGGGGGCUGGACUGGGGGUGGACUGAUACCGGGGACAGGGGGCGAAGACACCCUGAAGACGUGGCUGGGUUGGGCGAAAGGCCGCAAUUAUGAUGUAAGGCCCGAUGGAGCAUUAGUACAGCUACCGGAUGGCAAAGCAAAGCUCUGAUGGGAGGGUUGGAUGGGUGAUGAUGUGGUCAGAGUGGACAUAAUACGAGGUGAUGUGCCAAAUAUGUACGUUGAGUUUGGUCAGGCCCUGGUUGAUGAGGCUUGGACAGUGGCGUAGGGCUGAGCAGCUCAACGAACCGACGAAUAAGCAAGUAGCCGACGACGGUCAACCGCACAACAGGGAACCUUAUCAUAUCCACCAUCGUGGCAUUCACGAGAUGAUCCAUAGGUUAGAUAGAUCGGGACGAUGGUACUGGCAGGGAGACAACAUGCAUCGCGAGUCCACCAGGGGGGGGGGCCAGAAUGGCUUUGUUCUGCCGCGAUCCACAGACGAGGAUGGAAUCAUGGAAUCAUGGAACUGGAACACUGGAAGUCAUACUAUGCGGAUGCAGCAGAGCCACCCGCCCCCGAUUAGGUAUACUGUUAGUAAAUAGAUUGACAGCCAGGCUAGUGGGAUACCGACGGGCAUUCC